UAUAACCAUGGAACUAUCACCAAUAAUGCUCCCUUAUGGCAAAAUUUAUCACGUAUUCUUAUCCUUCUCUCAAGAAGAUGAAGAACGCGUAUUUUCUUUGUUACAAGAGCUAGAAGAUAAAUAUCAACUCAGGUGUUUAUAUCAUAUCAGAGAUUUUCAACCUGGAGUUACUAUUACAGAAAAUAUUUUAGAUGGUAUCGAGAAGAGUAUGAAAAUCGCAUACUUUGUAUCUCAGAAGUUCAAAGACAGUGAAAUGUGCAAAAUGGAAGUUUUGUAUGGAAUCAUGGCGUCACAUAAACAGUGCGAAAAUAGCAUGAUUCCAAUUUUACUGGAAUCAAUUGAAAUGCCUCGGGAGCUGCAGACUAUUAACUAUGUUGAUGGAACACUGGAGGGAACGGAUGUAGCGAGCAAGAUUUACAACGCUUGUCUCUUCGGAGCGACAGAAAAUUGUAUUUUGCCGAACGUAAUCCCAUUUCAUGGAUUGACAAAUGGUACUCUAUUGCGAGUUAUCCGGAGAAAAGAUAGGAAUAGUUUCUGCCUACCUUUAACACAUUUUUCAGAAGAUAUGGAGAAACGACAAAAAAUAGAUGAUGAAAUUAGAUCUCGACAAAUUGAUGAGCUAUGCAAUGAGAUUGUGGAGGAGUUAAAUGCGAGUAGAUACACAACAAGAUACUUUUUGUACAACUCCGCGUUCUGGGGCCGUCUGUGGUGUUUUCUCGUUUUGGGGACACCUGCUCUAGCCAUGUUGCCUCUCCUCAUUUUCCUCGUCAAAGAAGGAGAAAUAAAAGAGCAAACUCUGGCAGGUGCUUGCUCUACAUUGGUUAUCGUACCUUUAGUCGCUGUAUCUAUCGUCGUCUGCUGUUGUUUUGGCAAAAAUAUGAUAAAGGGAGGAACACUUUUGAAGAAAAUUGCGUGGAAGCAUUUGCGUAAUAAUUACCAAACGCUAAAGGUUCUACCACUUGUACGAUCUACAGAAGAAAUUGUCUUCAUUAACUACGACACAGAUCCCUGUAAGAACUUUUGCGUCUGUGUCCUAAAGCAAAAUAUGGAAGAUGAGGAGGAAAUUCAGAAAAAGGCGGAUUCUAUGAUUUUGGAUUUCAUUUACAAACAUCGAUUAGUGUUGGCUCACUGGCAUGGCCUGGAGGACUUCAAGUAUAACCGUCACAACACUUAUUUCCAGAAAAAAUGUAUCUGUCAGUAUCUAGAACCCCGUCUUGUUUCUGAUUCUAUCUUAUGAAGACAAAUUGCUAAAGUUUGUCAUGUUUUAUGAAACAAUCUUUAAUGAUAACCAUUAAUGAUAUACAUAUUAUACUAUUAAAUGUCCAUAUUUUUGUUAUCACACUGUUUUAUUUGAACCAUACGUAUUUAAUGCAAAUAUUAAACAAAGAAUGUUUAUGUAAAAAUGAUAUUAUGUAACAAAUAUAUAUUUAUUUUCUUAAAGCAAGUAAUAGUAUAUAUUACGGUGUAAAAAUACCUUUAUUAGUUUAAACUAUAUUAAAAAAUUUAAAAAAAUGAUAAAACGCUUUAUA